AUGUCCUCAGUGGCUAAAGCACCAAAAAACAACAAAGCUGCUCGAACGCAUACGGUCAGCCCGGCCAGUCCUCCAAGCAGUCCAACCAUGCAGUGUUCAAACUCAAAGCCAGCUGUCACCCUCUCGAAGCGCACUGAUACAUCCCAAGCUCGCACUGCCAGCUCUUGUCAUCGAGACACUUCGCCGAAGAGUCUGCCAAUGCGAGCGUCAACUCAUCAAGAGGUUGCUCAACUACUCAAAGAUGCCGUCGAGUACAUUAUGUCAGACUCCAAGGAGACCGCGAAAACUACCGCACCUCAAGUCGCGUCCACAACAGCCUCCAAGCCUGCUGUGAGAGGCACGAAACUAGAGGUAAAAGACAUACAAGAAGUGUGCGUCAUCUCCAUUCCUCAAUACCGUCCCAGAGAACUGAUCGCGUAUAGCUGGGACCCCGUAGCAUACGCAUACAAGGUCGUGGAAUCACCAGCUGUCACUGAGGUGAUGGAACUAGACACCUAUGCUUUCGUCAUUCGCACGCUUAAGGCAGAGACCCGAUCCAUCGUCUACGUCGACAUUAAAUUACCAGGCUUGCGAGAUAUUUUGAGAGCUGUGCUGAAGGAUAUCAAAUGGGUCAGCUUGGCUGACGAUAAACCUUCGUUUGAACAUAACUUGCUCUUCCACUAUCUGCCCGAACUCGAGGAGUAUCAGGCCAGUGCGACUAGGGAUGGAGCUCGUGACCUGACAAGUCUCAAAGCCCUUAACUUGUUAAUACGCACCAUCAAAGACCGAGCAAAAGCUCCCUCAGAACGUCUGGAUCCGCUUCUGCGAGAAGGUAAGAUCACAUACGAUUUAUUGUGGGCGCUGUUCAAGGCUAAUAGCCACGUCAUCACGACUUGCCUUGGCAGCGGUCAGUUGAGGUGUCUCCAGUACAAUGUAGGAGAGGAGAAAAAAACUGAACAGGGCGUCGAAUACUUCGAGCUUCAAUGCCAAUACCUCGAUUUUGAUGGCAAAGUCUUUGGUACCGUCACCGAGAGGCUGCCUAUUGAGCGGUUUCAUGGGGCUCGACCGAUCACCACUUUGGACAUCUACCCGCUUUAUUUUCACCCCACCCCGAACAAGAUCAUGCAGUCGUUGAUCGAACGCGGCCGAAAUUUCAUGUCUCUCAUGGGCUCGCAUCACCGGAUAUAUGACGGAGUCGCUUUUCGACGGGUAAAAGAUGGCCUAGUCCGAAAGUCAGUUCAGUCCAAGAUCAUGAUUGAUACAGACCAAUUCCGCAAAAUGAUCCCAAGCUAUGCGCGCAUUAUAAUCAAGAAAACGGAAGAAGGCUUCUUUUCUGACUUCAUCACGACGCAACAACGUGUGAUGGACGGGGAGACGGAUUUAGCCAACCUGCCGGAAGACAAGCUUGUCCUAUGUCCUCCCACGGUAUUGGGUUUCAGUCUCAAUGACAAAUUCUGGGGUGAGUACGCGGUCGAUCAUAUUCAGGGUAUCGAACCGUCUUCCGCACUCUUUGACCAUUUGUCCAUCCCCAUCCGCAUGAAGAACACCAUCAGAUCCCUGACUCGUGGUCAUCUGGGCCCACUGAAGGAUGCAAAACGUGAGAUUUCUCGACUUUUUGGCUUCGCCACCGUGCACGCUGACGAUAGUAGUGGACCGCCAGGCGUGGGGAAGACCCUCACCGCCGAGGCCCUGUCCGAAUACCACCGACGACCACUCUAUUCGGUCUCUGCCGGAGAACUCAGCUCGGACGCGGGAGAGCUGGAUCCCCAACUCACUGACAUCUUCCGCGUCGCAUGCGCGUGGAACGCCAUUUUACUGAUAGACGAAGCGGACGUCUUUCUCCAGAGACGUGCUGAGCUAACUCUGGAACGCAACCGACUGGUGGCAGUGUUCCUCCGAAAGUUGGAACACUUCGAUGGCAUUCUGAUCUUGACGACCAAUCUGGUCGAUCAUUUUGACAGUGCUAUCCUCGAUCGUAUGCAUUUGCAAAUGCAAUACCAUCCUCUUGACAAAGCUGCCAGAAAAGAAGUCGUCAUCGGCUUUCUCACGAGCCUCUGUGGGGAAGAUGGAUUAUCUAACUUUGGUGCAGACUAUCUGGACCGGUUUGCUUGCAUGAAUGUCAACGGUCGUCAGAUCAAGAACACUGUGUCUAUCGCUUACACGCUUUCCAUGGAAGACGAGGACGAACUGUCCUGUCUCCACAUCGACCAUGCCCUGGAAGCCACGGGUUUACGUCUGCCUCAAAGCGCUGACGAGCCGUUUGACCUGUACGACUGA